UUGAAAUUCAAAAAUUCAUAAAUUGAAAAAUCCUAUAACAAUCAAACGUUACACUGCGUCAUAGACAAUGAAAUUUCGCCGUAAUCCGCUUCCGAAAAAAUGGUUCGAAAAUUUAUGUUUCUUUGGUAUAAUUGUGCUCGUGACUUUCGGAUUUGCGUGUGAUAUGUUUAUUCUGCUGCCAGCUGUGCACGAUAGGAAUUCAGUUUGGUACAAGUUUAACAUUGGGUUGGCGGUGUUUCUGCUCUACAAUGUAUUGGGCAACUUGAUCGCCUGCUUGAUUAUCGACACAAGCGUUGAUUUUGAGCGGUGCAAGGUGCCGCCAGAAGGCGACGAAGCUCGCUUGGAGUGGAGGCAUUGCCUCAAGUGCGAUGGCUUAGUACCGCCCAGGGCGUGGCACUGCAAGGUGUGCGACGUGUGCAUACUGAAACGCGAUCACCACUGCAACAUAACUGGCUGUUGCGUCGGCUACUGCAAUAUUCGUUACUUCGUGUGCUUCAUACUGCACGUAUUCUAUGGAUCGAUCUACACCACGAUCUAUCAACUGUAUUAUAUGUCGCAGCGCAGCUAUAUAAGUCUGAUCAAAGAGGUGCUUCUUGGUCCUUUCCCAAUCCUUGACCUGACGGUCUUGAAUUUAUUGUGCCUUAAGUUCAUUGCAGUCUACGGGAGCUGUGUGUCAUUGUACUACUAUACGCCCCUUGUGUUGCAAGGGACUGUACGCUUUGAUAGAGGGAAGCACAACAAAUAUAACUGUGGACUCGCAUAUAAUCUGAAGUCUGUGUUUGGUGAACGCAUGCUUUGGGUUCUCCUGUCGCCGUUGCUCACCAGUAAGUUGCCCACUGAUGGCUGUUCUUUCAAAACGAAUUCGGCUCACUUAAGUAGCGCUAACGAGAUCAUCGCAGUAUGAUUAUUUAACUUACAGAAAAGCUAGAAGACUCUUAUAAUAGAAUU